ACAUCUAAAAGUUCCACCUACCGGUGCACUUAUGAUGUGUUCUUGAGUUACAGAGGCGAAGAUACACGCAAGGGGUUUACGGAUCACCUCUACAGGGCUUUGGAGCAGGCUGGAUUCCACACCUUUAGAGACGAUGAUGAGAUCAAGAGAGGCGCAAACAUUGCAGCUGAGAUACAGAAAGCAAUACAAGAAUCACGAGUAUCGAUAAUUGUCUUCUCGAAGAACUACGCUUCCUCAACAUGGUGCUUGGACGAACUUGUGAAGAUCAUGGAACGUAGAAAAGCUGAUGAUGGACUCAUGGUGAUGCCAGUUUUCUAUGAUGUGGAUCCAUCCCAUGUUAGGAAGCUGACUGGUAGCUUUGCAAAUGCAUUUUCUGGACAUGAAGAGCACUUCGAGGAUUACAUUCACAAGGUGGAGGAGUGGAGAAGAGCUCUUAGAGAUGUAGCAGAUCUGGGAGGGAUGGUCUUAGGAGAUCGAUCAAAUGAUGUUGGUGUAGCUGUUAUCUAUGGGAUGGGUGGAGUUGGCAAAACCACCAUCGCCAAAGCUGCUUAUAAGCAGAACUUUGAUAAAUUUCAAGGUAGCAGCUUUCUUCUAGAUGUUAGAGCAACUUCAGAACAACCUAAUGGUUUGGUUUUCUUGCAAAGAAAACUUCUUUCGGAUAUCCAAAAAAGGAAAACAAAGAAAAUAUACAGCAUAGAUGAAGGAAUGAGCAAGAUCAAACUUCUUGUGCGUUGCAAACGGGUUCUUGUUGUCCUUGAUGAUGUGAGCCACUCUGAGCAAUUCAAUGCAAUUCUUGGAAUGCGAGAAUGGUUUCAUCCAGGAAGUAAAAUUAUCGUAACAACUAGACAUGAAAAUCUGUUAAAUGAUCAUGCAGUUUAUGCAAUGUUUAAGGUUAAAGGAUUAGGCGAGGGUGAAUCACUGGAGCUUUUCAGUUGGCAUGCCUUCAAACAAGCGCAUCCUAUCAAAGGUUACAUGAACCUUUCAAGAUCUGUAGUACAACACUGUGAAGGCCUUCCACUAGCUCUCCAAGUUUUGGGAUCUUCUCUAUUUGGAAAAAGUGUAGAUCUAUGGCAAAGUGCAUUACAGAAGUUGCACGUGAUUCCUGAUGACAAGAUUCAAAAGAUUCUUAGAAUAAGCUUUGAUUCUCUAAAAGAUGAUCAUGACAGGAAUUUAUUCCUUCAUAUUGUCUGUUUCUUCAUAGAAAAGAAGAUGGGUUAUACAAUUACAGUACUAGACAAUUUAAAUUUUUACACAAGGAUUGGAAUUCAAAAUCUAGUUGAUAGAUGUCUAGUGGAAAUUGAUAUAGACAACAGGUUGAUCAUGCAUCAAUUACUUAGAGACAUGGGAAGGGAAAUUAUUCGUGAAGAAUCACCCGAGGACCCUGGAAAGCGUAGUAGAGUGUGGCAUAAAGAUGCCUCUGACGUUUUGAGAAAAUUAACUGGAACGGAAACUAUUAAGGGCCUCGUGCUCAACCUUCCUAGUGGGGCAAUAUUUAGUACAAGUAACCAAAACCGGUGCCAUGUUGAAGACUUUGAUGGAAAUUGUUCAAGACGACGUCGACUUGGUUACUUCUCUUGGAUAUCAAUUAACUCUUCCUCAACAAAUUCAGCUGCUGCAUCAAAAGAGGUAGACUUCAAGGCAGAGGCAUUUAGAAGAAUGCACAAUCUUGAACUGCUCCUGCUCGAUAAUGUAAAAGUCAGUGGAGAUUAUGAAGAUUUUCCAAAAAAAUUAAUAUGGUUGUGCUGGCGAGGAUUCCCUUUAAAAUCAAUACCAGAAAAAUUUUAUUUGGAAAAUCUAGUUGGUCUUGACCUGCGAAAUAGCAGCCUACAACAUGUUUGGAAGGGAACCAGGUUUCUUCUAGGACUGAAAAUUCUUAAUCUCAGUCAUUCACAUAGCCUUGUGACAACCCCCGACUUGUCAGGAGUCCCUAACCUUGAGAAAUUGAUUCUUAAAGACUGCAUAAAUUUGGUUGUGAUUGAUGAAUCCCUUGGAAACCUAGAGAAACUCAUCUUCUUGAAUCUAAAAGACUGCAGAAGUCUCAUGAAGCUUCCAACAAGAAUUAGCAUGUUGAGAUCUCUUCAGGAACUUGAUCUUUCUGGGUGCUUAAAGCUUGUGCUUCAUACCAGUACGACUGCUGCUAAUCACUUACACUCUACAACUAGAGUUAGGAAAAAAUUAAAUAUGUUAUCAGAAAAAAUAUGGCAAUCGAUAUGGUCGUGGAGGUCAUGGGUAUCACCAAGAAAUAAGCUUGAAUCAGCCAGUUUGUCCAUGGAAAUCUGGCCACAUUGCUUAGGAACCUUAAGUCUGGCUGACUGCAAUCUGUCAGAGAUUCCUGGUGAUCUUAGUAUCUUGUCCUUGUUGAAGCAUUUGAAUCUAAGUAGAAACCCAAUUCUGAGGCUACCAGAAAACAUGAACGGUCUUAUUAUGCUCCAGACUCUUGAGAUACAAGGUUGCACAAAGCUACGCACUCUUCCAAAGCUCCCACGGAGUCUAAGAAAAUUGCUUGCAAGUUAUUGUACAUCACUUGAAAGAAUAACGAAUCUACCAAACAUGUUUGAAUCAUUGGAUUCAAGUCUUUGGAAAUGCAAGAAGUUAGAUGAAGUUCAAAGCUUGUUCAACAUAAAACCACUGGGAAGGGUUGACAUAGAAAUGAUCAGUGAUAUAGGCCUGUUUAAUUUGGAAUCCACAGGAGGAAGUACUGAAGUUGAAAUGACCAACUACCUGACAUGUACAACAAGGAAGGGGCCCCUCCAGGUUCUCUCUCUCUCUCUCUCUCUCUCUCUCUCUCUCUCUCUCUCUGUUUGAAUAAUUAACUUGUCAUUGUAACAUAUGAUUUAUAUGAAACAGGCAGUGUAUGAAUGUGGCAUAAUUAGUACUUUUGUUCAUGGAAACAAAAUUCCAGAUUGGUUCACCUACAGAAGCAUGGGUAAUUCUGUUUUGUCUAUUAUUCUACCCUCACAUCUUAAUCUCAAGAUCCGAGGGCUAACUGUAUGUGUUAUGUAUUCACGCCGCCCAUUUUGGUUUAGUGCUACAAACUUUCUUAAAGUUAGUAAUGAGACCAAAGGUCUUAAGUGGACCUAUUGCCCAGUUGCAUCAGGUCUCCCAAAAAAGAACCAAGACAUGCUAUGGCUAAGCCACUGGCGGUUUGAAAAUGAUGAAUUGGAGGAAGGAGAACAAGUACAUGUUUCGAUAAAUGAGGAAUUUAGUUUCUGGGCAAAGGAGUUCUGUGUCCAGCUUGUGUAUGAGAAGGACCCAUCAAAAAGUGAAAAUAUAACAAUCCAACAGGAAACACCUCCUUCGAGCCAGAUUGUCGCUGCUGGAAAUGUAUCAGCAUCAGCAUCUAAGUAUCAAUUCUGGGCGGGCAAAUACUUUCUAUGUAACCAUCGGGCUCGUAU